GAUCAGUCAAUGAUAUUGGGCAAUUAAUUAAUUAAUUAAUUAAUUAUAGCAGCUCACAAAGGCCGAUUAGCAAUUCCAACGUAAGAAACUCUAAACAAUGCAAGAGCACGCGCACGUGCAACGAGCCACUUGCGCGUACAUGUACAGUAAGAUUCUGCCAUGGUGCAAGUCAGGUCUACAGUCUGUGUCCAACCCAUUGUGCACGGUGCCGGUACCUGAAAGGAGAAAGCAGCCUACACACCAAGAAAAUCUCCAAUGCCCCUCCUUCUCUUCUCGUCGUCGUCCUCACCGGUUUUUACGCCCCUCAGAUCCUUGCGCCAUGGGUGAUCAUGAGGAGGCUAGUCCGUCGAGAAAAUUCUUCCCCCGCAUGGCUAUAGACGGGCCACCACGUUGUUUGCUGCAUCUGUUGGUGUUAGGUAAUGCCGGGCGUGAGCUGACAGAGAUGGGGAGCAUCAGCAUCGUGCAUUGCCUCGCUAGUCUAAGCUGUAAGCCGAGGCCUCUGGAUGCGUCAAUCACCACCACUUUGUCCACUAGCAUUGCUAAUAGCACGUCAAUAGUAGCUUUGAGCCCUUUGGCACCUUGACAUGACAGACAGCAUGUAUGUACAUGUGAAUCAAGAUAAGGAUAAUCCCGCAAUCAGCCGCCAACGCCGCCUCCCUUUGCUCCGCAGACAGACAGACGAAGGUAAAAAUUUCGUUAUCAAAACCAUCGAUGCAUCCUCGCCGUUUGCGUUCUAGAAGGGCUCAAUCAGCCCUCCCUCGCCAGGCCCCUUGUUUGUGCCGCUCAAAAAGUGCUGGGGCUCACGGACUCUAUCCGGCUGUCAUGCCCGCCCUUUCACGAUACUUCACCGACACUUUGCGCUUUUCUUUGUCUACUUCGUGACACUUGCUGUACAGCAUUCCUCUCUUCUCUUCUCUUCUCUUCUUCUCUCUUGUUUAACCCUUU